AGUGGAUGCAUUUAGCGUUCAAUAGCCAAAACGCUUCUUGACGCGAUCUUUUCUCAACUUGGUCCAAACAUGAAGCCUCUCGACCUUCCACAGACGGCACAAAAACUCAACCUUGCAUACAAUUCUCAAUCAGCUGAGGACCUUUCUCAGACUGUAGGCAGAGUGCCCGUUGUUGCCUGUGUUGCCUGUGUUGUAUUGUAUUCAGGUUUCGGAAGAGAGUUGGUUGAUUGAGAAGAGGCUGGAAAUUGGCACUCAGUAUCUUUUGGCUUCAUUUUCGUCCGUCCCGAAUCGCGUUCCAUUCCAACCGCAACUGCUGCCUUGAUACCUCGAUAAUAUACCCCACUGUAGCCAUCCAGCAGGUUACGAGGCAUUAUCCAUCGUAAUUGAUUGGGAACAGCCUACAAUCACCGGGUUUCUUUGGUUAGGACGUGGGUAUCUGGUAGGAGCUUCUCAUCAGGACACAGUAUCUUUCUUGGGUUGUCUGGCCAAAAAUUGCCUUCCUGGUAUUCACGAUAUCUUCAUUAUUCAAGGGUAGCUUGGAGGAGCAGCAGGCCUCAGCAGAAGAUCCAGAAGAAACAACCUGCCAUUUGCUGGAACUGGUGAGAUCGGAACAUAUUCUACCUUUUCCAUUAUCAAGACUUCAGACCAGGCUUGAGUUGCUUUGAAGCAUUAUCCUAACAAAUCUGACAGAGAUAUCUUCUUGGACUGACGAUACCACUUGGAUAAAGCAUCAUCGGAAAGGGGCAGAAUCUUCCAUCCCUGUACAAAACCGACCAAGAUAUCCUAAGCUACCCCAUCGAUAUUUUAUUCUACGACUAGAAAAUGUCGCAUGAUGACGAGGAAGAAGUAGUGGAGGAAGUGGCGGACGACGAAAAGGUCAAACCAAGGCGCCGCAUGCCCCGGAGAGUGGCGUCUACCGAUGGGGGAAUUGUGACAAGUAAGGCCCGUAGACCCGUGAGACGGGCCGCCUCGGGCGAUGGAUCCAAAUCACCCACGGGAGCACCCCCCAUGCGUCGAACGGCGACGGAUGGAUCCACGUCGAAACAACGACGAAAGCCCAAAAAACCAACCGAAAACCAAAUUCCUGCUACUAGCAACACGGACAGUGCCAGUGAGGAAGAAGAAGACAUGGAAGAACCACCCGGUCCAGCGGGUAUGACGGUCAGCGAAAAUCGUGGAAGGGCACGACGAAUGCCCGCUCGCAGCAAAUCCACCGAUGGUACUUCCUCUCGAGCACUCCCUUCCAGAUCCAAAUCGGGAACCUUGUCGGGUCGUAGCACGCCCAAACGAACCGCGUCUGGGUUUGGUCUGCCGCGACGCACCAAGAGUUCCGAUGGUACUACGAAUUCAUUUGGACUUCGAAAGGGUAAAAAGAAGGGCAGCAGUAGGCAAGUGGCCAAAGAUGGAGUGAUGAAUAUUUUUGGAAGUGAUAUUGUGAGUACGGAAAAGGUAUUGGAAGAUAUCGAAAAGACGAUGGAGGCUCCAGAGCUGGUACGGUUAGAAUUGGAAGAUAUGUUCAUGGCAGAUCGAGAGGACCCAGAGGCCAUUCCAUUGGCGCUCAAGGAACUCUUGGAGCAAGACGAUCGACCGUGGGAGUGUGUGGAAUUCAUGGAUGAUAUCAUGGAUGGGUCAAUGUUUAUAGACUUUCGGGAGCGGAAAAAACAUUUCAUGAAGGUUUUUGCAGGAGUCUGUGAAGCAAGAUUGAUUCCCUGCACGUACAAGGCGAAAAUUACGCUGUCCAGUGGUUCCUUGGAUAUGGAUCAAAUGGUGGAACUGCUCUUUUAUUUACGAAGUGAACGAUCCGUUAACGAACUGACGAUAAAGAGCGAAGAGGUAGACGAGGGUAUCAUCCGUGCCUUGACCGACCUGUUCAAAGCGGACAAACGAAAAUGGAACUCUGUGACGCUACAAUUAUCCGGUAGUGGACCAGGCAAACCUGGAUCACCAGAACACACUGCUUGGGCUAAGGCAAUGCAAAAAGCAACUGUGGCAAUGCAAAAAGUUGCUAAGGAACGUGGCAUCAAUCUGGGAUAGUCUGCCCAUAGACUGACUCAUACAGGAUUGCAUUCUACCACGGCAAGAGCGAGGGCGCACUCGGUGACCAAAAAGGAGACGGCAAGCUGCACGAUUAGAGAUGUAAGGAAUAAAGAUUGACUAUGAUAUUUUGUCUUGGUAGAAUUCAUCAGCAGGGU